AUCACUGUCUGCCACUGGCAGUGAUCGCGAAUAUCGCGUUCUGAUGCUGCAGCUUCCACUGCGAAUUGGCACUGGCAGUCGCCAGAGUGAGGCUAUAUAUUCUCUUCUGUUCUUUCAUCUGCUCUUCUUCCUUUCCUCCUCUCUUCACUCUUCAUCCUCACUUCCAAUCUAUCAUCCCAACUCUUCACCUUCAACUAUACAUCAGCACACCAACACAUCACAUUCUACCCUACAAACAUCUCAGCCAUGAUUUCUUUCAUGCUCGUUCUGAGCUUCUUGAUGGCUCUGGUCUCGGCCAACUCAACCACUGACGCCAUCACUUGCGCCAAGGGCGCCCACCUCAUCGUUGCUCGUGGUAGCCUUGAGCCAGAGGGUCCCGGUGCGAUGGGUAUCCUCGCGGAGGAGAUCAUCAAGCUGAUCCCCGGUUCGGACAUGGAGGCUCUCGUGUAUCCCGCCCUCUACAAUGAGUACGUUGAGUCUCAGACCGAGGGCGUCCGCACUAUGAACUCCGUGAUCAACAACUACGUGAAGAACUGUCCCGACACUGACUUGAUCCUCAUGGGCUACUCGCAGGGAGCCCAUGUCACUAUGGACACGAUGUGCGGUGCCAGCUCUGAAGGUUUCCCUGGCACUCUUUCUCAGCCUUCCUACAUCACCGACAAUGUUGCGGCCAUCAUCGCCAUGGGCGAUCCCAGUCUCACCGAAGGUCAGCCCUUCCUUGUCGGCACCAGCGAGGGCAGUGGAAUCUUCCCCCGCAACCUCCCCAUCGGCUGCAACAGCAUCGCCAGCAAGACUGUGUCCAUCUGCGACAAGGGCGAUCCAUACUGCGAGGCUGGCGGCAAGGAUCUCUCUGUUCACUUGAGCUACAUCAAGAACUACGGAGAGUUCACUGUCGGCCACGUCGUCAAGGCGUGGAAGUCUCGUAACUAAGUUGAAUUGGAUGCAUUCCUUGAGAUUGGAGUUGGGGAGUAGUACAGAU